AUGGCAGACUUUGUAGCAAAACAAACAUCAUCAGAAAUGUCAAACAUAGAAUAUCCUCGAAAACUUCUUCGUGCUGCAACUUAUGAGUCGGUCAUGCCUUCGAUCAAACGUAGAAAGCGACUUCUAAGUGAACAGAAUGAAUAUCAAAAUUUAGUAACUCAAUUGAGUAAUGAUAAAAUUUACCCAAACAAAAAAUCUAAAACAGAAUGGUAUUUUGAUGACGCAAAAGACGACAAUCAUAGUGUACUAUGCUUUUCUUCUCUUUCUUCCUUCGAGAACACGAUAAACUGUUCGCCUUCAACUAGUUAUCAACGUCGCAAAAGUUUUACUUAUAUAAAUGACCCUUCGUAUUCACAACUGACAUCAGUCCUUCAAACAUCAACAACAACUACAAGUAUGCUUGUCUGCCAGCAAAAACUAGUAAUUGAUAAUAAUAAUGAAAAUGAACAAGGAGAUAAAAGCAAUUCUUCAAAUUUGAUAACCUCAGCUCAAGUAUCAGCCUAUAUCACAACUGCAAUUAAUAUGCAAAAUGAAAAUCUAUUAAUAAUUGAUUGUGGUUCACCAUUGCGGUAUAAUGAACGACGUAUAAAAGAAUCGCUUUUACUAAAUAUAAAUGAUAAAUUAUCGAAAAAACGUUUAAUAAGUCGUGGCUUAAAGAAUUUUCUUGAUCAAAACCAAUUAAACCGUUUAAAUCAAUCUGAAAUUAUUAUUCUUUAUGAUGAUUCAAUUCAACGAUCUUCGUGUUCAUGUUCAUGUUCAAACUCAACAGUUCCAAAAGAAAUUUCACCAAUAAUGAAAUGUAUAUUGAACGAAAUACAACGAUAUGAUUCUAAAAAAAUAGUUUAUAUACUGCAAUCAUCAUUCGAUGAAUUUUAUCAAUACUAUCCAACAUUUUGUUAUAUCAGUUUGUCUGAUUGUCCUGAUAACGACAUAUCAUAUGCUUCUCUAACAACAGAUAUUGAAUCCUAUACAAUGUCUGAAGUAAUACCCGGUCUUUAUCUUGGUAAUGCACAAGAUGCUGAAGAUAUGAAUUUAUUAAAACAAAAUGAUAUUAAAUCAAUCAUUAACAUUUCAACAUCAAUUCCUUGUCACUAUGCAAAUGAAAAAAUAUUUGAUUAUCUUCAAUUACCUUGUUAUGAUUCGUGUCGAGAAAAUAUUCUUCAAUAUUUCGAUCACACACUAGAAUAUAUACAUCAGAAAUUAUUAUUAAACCAAAAUAUUCUUGUGCAUUGCCAAGGUGGAGUUAGUCGUAGUCCAUCAUUUGUUAUUGGCUAUUUAAUAAAAUAUCAUUCGAAAACAUUUGAUCAAGCAUAUUCGUUUACGAAAGAAAAAAGAAAAAUAAUCAACCCAAAUUUUUAUUUUCUUACACAGUUGAAACGCUAUGAACAAACGAUACAAUCAGCUAUGAAGUAA